AAACAGUGAGAAAAAGUCCCUCACAGAAACACACCAGAUCAUGAUGCAGACGCUGGCAUACUCUUCGUCCCAGGCCGGAAGGCCGAGGGAGAAUUGUUGCACCAGCACCGGCAGAAGUCUUCAGCCGAGUCCGGUGUCCUCGUGCCAGGGGAUUCCGCGGCGGCUAUCGCACUCCUUUGCGGGAACACGGAGUCAACCGAUUGUUUUAGAGAGACGAAACGUGGUGGUGAGUUCAAGCAGAACAGCACCAGUGAAGGAACCUUGGUGGGAGAGAAACAACCCCCCAAACAUGAAGACAAUAACAAGUGUGCAAGAAUUUAUUGACGAGCUGGCUGCUGCGGGCGACAAAUUGGUGAUUGUGGACUUUUAUGCAAAGUGGUGCAACGCCUGUCGAGCAUUGUUUCCAAAGCUGUGCCAGAUCUGCACGGAGAAUCCAGACCUAGUCUUGUUGAAGGUGGAUUUUGAUGAGAACAGAGAAGUCGUCAAGCCACUAGGAAUCAAGGUGCUGCCUUUCUUUCAUUUCUACAGGGGCACUGAGGGGCGUGUCGGUGCUUUCUCUGCUUCUGUUGGCAAGAUUCAGCGUCUUCGGGAUGCUUUGGCAGAGCACAGCACCCCACGCUGCGCCCUUGGGAAGACUCUGUCGUUCCCUGAGUUCCCUGACAUCAUCCCUCGCACAUUCUAUGGAAACAAUGUGGUUCUGCGGCACCCGGUUCCUUCAUUAGAGAGAGAUGUUGAGAGGGAGACGAGGGAGCCUGCUGCCGUGUAGCAUUGAUUUGCAGCAUUUUAAAGAUGAGCAAGCACUGUUAUAGAGAAUAGGAUAAGGAGCAGCUUCGAGGAUGCAAGCAACUACAUGUAGGAUGAGGGUGGGCAAAGUGAGAAGUAGAUGCAGAAUUGGGCUGGGAUUUAAAAAAUAGCAAGCUUCAAGCAUCCUCAUAAUGGUUGCUGCAGUGCAGCAGCCGCAUCCACUCGAUGCAAUGGACCGAUUGAUUUCACGUUCCUAUUUAUAUCAUUGACGACAUUCUUCAAUUCCUCCAAUGCCAUAGUGUGUGGCUUGUAUGGAAUUGGAAGCCUUCUGAACUUGAAUUUUUUUGCCCGAGUGGGGUUGUUGCAUUUGCAUCUCUAAUGCAGAGCCAGUAACAGCCCGAUGCCAAUGGCGUCCUCUAUCUGUACCCAGGCCCUUUUUGGUGGCUCAGCUGAAUGCACAGUUGUUCAUGUAGUGGUCUCAAACUCCAGCGUGGGCCAUUACAUGAUGUACAUGUAGAUUGGUGUCUGGAUAAGCUUUGUGUCUUUGACUUUGAUAACUGACGCGUUGCAACACGUCUGUCUCGUGAGUGGUCUGGUCCACUGGCAAGUUGUCAUAGACGUAGUAACGUACGUAAUGUAAUGGUGCUUGUCGAGCAUCC